AUGACGGAGUUGACAUUCCUUGGCAUCACGUUGAAUUCCGAACGGUUCGAAGCUCGGCUACCAGAUGACAAGCUAGCGGAUAUAAAACAACUCGUCCUCGAUGCUAGCUCAACUCGCUCCAUCCCCGCAGCAAAGUUCGUCUCUCUUUUGGGCAAGCUCUCUUUUGCUGCGCAGGUGAUUGUUUCGGGCCGCACGUUUAUGCGCAGAUUAUGGGACACCGCUAAGAAGUUCAGCAAGGUACCUCGGCAUUACCGCAUUACCUUGAGCAGUGACUGUCGUAAGGACCUUCUGUGGUGGCAGGAGUUCUUAGCUAGUUGGAAUGGUAAGUGGUUCUUCCUGUACCAACCCGAGACUUCCAGUACCGACUUAGAUCUACUUCAAGUAUACUCUGAUGCUGGUGGCACCAUUGGAUGGGGCGCCUAUUAUGCCAACGAGGGCAGGUGGAUGCACAGCCGCUGGGAGCAAGACACCAUAGACUUGUCCAUUGAGUACAAGGAACUGUUUCCUAUUCUCGUCGCGUGUGCCACGUGGGGACAUAUGUGGUGCCGGUUUCGCAUAGCAUUCCACUGCGACAAUCAGGCUGUGGUUGAUUGCCUGGCUUCGGGCACGUCAAAGUCUCCACCUGUGAUGGCCCUUAUCCGGAAACUGUUCUUUGUGUGUGCAAGGCACAACUUCUGUGUCGUAGUUCGUCAUGUGCUUGGCAAGUCUAAUGCAAUUGCGGAUGCCCUCUCUCGUUUAAAAAUGCAGGAAUUUCGGAUGAUCGCCCCGCGGGGCUCGACAGGACCGGACACGACAGUGCCCCUUCCCUCCUGGGACUAA